CAGCAGGGGGCGCUGUUCAUUAUUCCGCAGGUUUAAAAUAAUGCGACGGUUAAAGUCCAUCUUUGAAUUUUCUCUGUCACUCAUAAAAAGACCGACGACAGACCUGGGAGCAACACUAACAUCGAAGAAGGUCAAAGUUGAGGGUCAUGGCUCGCGGGCAGCAGAAGAUUCAGUCCCAGCAGAAGAACGCCAAAAAGGCAGCGGAUAAGAAGAAAGGUCAGGCCGCUGACCAGAAGACUGCAGCCAAGGCAGCACUGGUCCACACCUGUCCUGUGUGUCGGACACAGAUGCCCGACCCCAAGACCUUCAAGCAGCACUUUGAGAGCAAACAUCCCAAAUCCCCAAUGCCUGCCGAGCUGGCUGACGUUCAGGCAUAAAGCCUUCCUGACUGGACCACACCUGAACCUGAACCUAGAUACACAAUGAUCACGGACUAAUGGCAGAAUCAAGGAGAAUGAAGGAUGUUGACGAACACUGGGACCCGUCAGUAUUCACGGACAGCGGGUUGGGGUGGAUGUGUGUAUGUGAUGUAUAUGUGCAUGUGUGUUUGUGUAAGAGAAAACAAUAACAAAGAGGCAGACGUACACCAGCA